AUGCUCCGAUUCCUUGGCCGUAAGACGAUGAAGUCGGAGAAGUCCGUGGCCGGAUCUACCUCUUCCAACCUGAGCGACUGGAGUAUUGGCAGCAUCGCUCGCAUCAUCACCCGCCUAUUUCAGUUCGUCAUGGGACUUACAGUCAUUGGUCUGUACGCCCAAGACCUAGUUAAGGCUAAAAGUGCGCAUAAGUAUGCCGACCCCAAGUGGGUAUAUGCCGUGUUCUGCGGUGCUUUCGGGGCACUUACAUCAGUCGUGUUCAUGCUCCCGCUCGUGAAGUCUUGGAUCUUCUUUGGUGUUGACUUUUUGAUCUUCUUCUUCUACAUGGUCCUCUUCGGCAUCUUUGGCAAGAUGUACAUGCAGGAGAAUCCCGAAGGCAACAAAGGCAUCAUUCGUAUGAAGCGCGCGGCCUGGAUCGAUAUGGUCAAUAUGCUCCUCUGGUUCGGCACGGCCGUCUGGGGAUUGUGCAUGUUCUUCAGGGCCCGUAAGGAACGUGGUCGGCAAUCUGUCGUCUAA